AUGGAGGCUUUACCAGCUUCACCGGAGUUCUCGAUAGAGCCCGGUCUUUUACAUCAACUACCAGAGGAGCUGGCUCAAUCAAUUCUCGAAGCUCCAGCCAAUACCCAGCAGGAUCAACUGGUACUGGCAGCUCUAGACCCGAGCUAUACGGCUACAUUAUUCCCAUUAUUUGAGCCAGUAUUUGUGGAUAUAGCUGCCCGGUGGCUUCUACUAGACUUGACUGUUCAUCUCGAACAUGUCAUAUCGGCAUUUUCACGGAUUUUGCCGCAUUCUCCAUACCUACGAUCGUUCGCUGAGAAAGUUCUCCAAGCUCAGAAUGUGGGCUUACCACUGUUCUCAGAGCAGCGUCUAUCGGACUCUUCAAGUAUUAAGGAUGAGUCACUUCUCUCGUUACUCCUCUCGGCUUUUCGGCUGUUAAGUUUCGAUGCGGACACAUUUUCACCCUAUGUAUUUCCUAGCCAGCUUCAAGCUCUGUUCUCACAUACAAAUAAUGCCAUACGCUGCAUGGCAGUCCGCUGCUUCUGUCUGCAUAUAAAGGCUGCAGAUGCCAUUUUAGAGAACAUGCUUCACCGUUAUUGCGGUGACGGCCCUCUUGACAAUACCUGGGAGGGCCAGGUUAUUGAUUUCAGAUUGAUCAGCUUCUGGGAGGAACAAAGAUAUAAAGAUUUUGAAGCAGCUCUUGAUUAUGCCCGUCAAAACCGCAACAGAAGCUUUUUCGCGCUAUGGAUCAAGCAUUUCCGGUCAUCAAAUUAUACGGCAGAAAUUGGUGGCGUUCUUGUUCCUACUCUGAAGCAGAACACUAAUUCUCAGCCAUUCAAACUGGUACACACGCCUGCUGUUGAGGGCAAUCUGCGCCAGGUGGGAGAAGCACUCCUAUCCCAGGAUCCUUUAUUACUCAUUGGACAACCUGGGGCUGGGAAAACGUCUCUGGUAAUGGAAGCUGCAAGUGAAAUGGGCAUAUCAUCCUCAAUGAUAACCCUACAUUUAAACGAACAGACAGAUUCAAAAAGUUUACUAGGUGUAUACUCCACUUCAGGACAAAGUGGCAGUUUCAAAUGGCAACCGGGAGUCUUGACCCAAGCUGCAAGGGAGGGAAGGUGGGUAUUAAUUGAAGACUUAGAUCGUGCACCCGCCGAAGUGAUUUCAGUCAUAUUACCCUUGAUUGAGAACAGGGAACUUGUUAUUCCGAGUCGUCGAGAACACAUUCGUUGUGCCGAAGGAUUUCGCAUUAUCGCAACAAUGAGGUCCUUUUUGAAUAGUAGAGGGGAUGAUGUGGCGCCAGGGAUGACAAUGUUGGGCGGCCGUCUGUGGAAAACGAUUCGGAUAUCACCCUUGCCAGUGGAAGAGAUCUCACAAAUAAUCAAGAAUGAAUUCCCUCUACUUGACAUUACCCGAUAUGCUGAUACUUUCUUAACACUCUAUUCCCGAAUUAUCUCCACCUCCCUUGGACCUGGGAUGUCUAGGCGAGUACAAGGAAGACCAAUUGGCCUCCGCGAUUUGAUGAAAUUUUGCAACAGGGUCGAAACCCGGUUACGAAAGCUAGGGAUUAACAAGGGGAAUGAGUCGGUACCGGCUCGGAUAGACGACGAAAUUUUCAUGGAUGCUGUUGACUGUUUUGCAGCUCAUAUCCCAAAUAAUGAGCUCCGCUUAGCACUUGCAAGCAACAUCGCUGAAGAAAUGCAUAUUCCUCCACAGAAAUGGAAAUUUUGCCUAUCAGAACGUGUGCCAACUUAUUCUGAUGAGCUUUCGGAAUUAUUUAUUGGAAGGGAAAUCUGCUCGAAGAUAAAGUCACGGAGUAUGGCAGGGGUAAAGGCUAAUCAAACUAAAUCUUUUGCAGCGACGAAGAGUUCGCUACGGCUCAUGGAACAAGCUGCUGCUGCCCUUCAAGUGUCAGAGCCCAUAUUACUCGUUGGGGAGACUGGUAUUGGUAAGACCGCCGUCGUUCAACAACUAGCGGCACUCCUAAACCAGAGAUUGACAGUUGUCAAUUUAUCCCAACAAAGCGAGGCUUCGGAUCUUCUGGGAGGGUACAAGCCUGUUAAUCUUCGAUCUAUAGCAAUACCGCUGGUGGACGAAUUCAAUGCCUUGUUUGAAUCAACGUUCUCGGUCAAGAAAAACCAGAAAUUCCUAUCUUCCGUUACAAAGAGUGUUGCUGCUGGAAAUUGGCCUCGUCUAGUCAAUGUGCUAAAUGAGGCCGUCAAAAUGGUUUCGGACUUAUUUGGUACCUCCAAAAAAGCCCAAGCAGAUCUCAAAGAGGCAGCAGAACAACCAACGAAAAAGAGGAAGCUUGAUGGUCCAAAAUAUAGCGCAUUAUUGACAAAAUGGUCCUCAUUCACCUCGGACUUGAGGGAGUUUGAAGCCAGAGUUCUACAGGGGGAUGUCAAAUUUUCAUUCGCUUUUGUUCAAGGAAAGAUUGUUAAGGCCUUGAGAAAUGGGGAAUGGGUGCUUCUAGAUGAGAUCAACCUUGCAUCACCUGACACUUUAGAAAGUAUUGCAAGUUUACUGCACCAUGGGCGAGAUGGUAAUCCUUCAGUACUGCUCUCAGAAGCUGGCGAAAUGGAACGAGUUAUUGGUCAUCCAAGUUUCCGAAUCUUUGGAGCCAUGAAUCCUGCCACGGAUGCAGGGAAGCGUGACCUUGCACCUGGGUUGAGAUCGAGAUUUACAGAGCUCUAUGUCAGAUCUCCAGACAGCGACAUAGACGACCUGCUCAGUCUGAUACGUACCUACCUUGGCCUCUUGCUGAAUCAUGAUUCUCGCGUUGCCUCGGAUCUUGCAAAUGUCUACCUCGAAACAAAACGAUUAGCUAUGGAGAAUCAACUGACUGACGGUGCUGGUCAUAGGCCUCAUUUCAGUAUCAGAACUCUUGUCCGCACUUUAAUGUAUGUGACUGAUCAGGCGCAUGUAUAUGGAGUUCGUCGUGCUACAUAUGAAGGCUUCUCUAUGAGCUUUUUAACGCUUUUGAGCAAGGAUUCUGAACGUCUGGUUAUCCCUUUGCUGGAGAAACAUAUAUUCGGAAAAGUUGGGAAUGCAAGGUCCAUACUAUCCCAAACACCCCGAGAGGUCAAUGAUGGGGCGGCUUAUGUUCAAUAUAAGCAUUAUUGGAUGCAAAAGGGUGAUUUCCCACCUGAGUCUCAACCUCACUACAUCAUUACCCCUUUUAUUGAAAGGAAUCUUAUGAAUCUUGUCCGGGCCAGUUCAACUCGGCGAUUUCCUAUUCUAUUACAAGGACCUACGUCCUCUGGAAAAACCAGCAUGGUUGAGCACCUUGCCAAACUUUCCGGAAACCGAUUUGUAAGAAUCAAUAACCAUGAACACACGGAUCUUCAGGAAUAUCUUGGUUCUUACGCUACUUCUGAAGACGGCACUCUAAAAUACCAGGACGGCGUCCUUGUCGAGGCAUUGAAAAGAGGAUACUGGAUUGUACUUGACGAACUGAAUCUUGCACCUACUGACGUUCUUGAGGCCCUAAACCGUCUACUUGAUGACAACAGGGAACUUUUCAUCCCCGAAACGCAAGAAAUAGUUCACCCACAUCCUAACUUCAUGUUAUUUGCUACUCAGAACCCUGCUGGCCUUUAUGGAGGAAGAAAGGUAUUGUCUCGUGCAUUCAGGAAUCGAUUUCUUGAACUGCAUUUCGAUGACAUACCAGAAGACGAACUCGAGUUUAUCUUGAAAGAACGUUCACAGAUCCCACCUUCAUUCUGCACCCGGAUUGUCUCCGUAUAUCGACAGCUAUCUAUCCUACGCCAGUCGAAUCGGCUUUUCGAGCAAAGAAAUAGUUUUGCGACCCUCCGUGACCUAUUUAGAUGGGCAAUGAGGCGUGCAGAUGACCGGGAACAGUUGGCUGUGCAUGGUUUUAUGCUUCUUGCCGAAAGAGUCAGGAAUCGCCAGGAGAGGGAUGCUGUGAAAAGAGUAAUAGAAAAGGUCAUGGGCGUGAGGCUAGAUGAAACCGAGAUAUACAGUAAAUCUGUUGUUGAAUCACGCCUGAAACAUUUGUCUUCAGCAGUUUCAUCUAAUAUUGUCUGGACACCCGCCAUGAGGAGGCUCUUUAUUCUUGUGUCUGAAGCUAUUGAGCAUAAUGAACCUGUUCUCCUAGUCGGGGAGACUGGGUGUGGUAAAACUCAGAUAUGUCAGGCAAUUGCAGAAGCUUAUGGCAAAGAGCUUUUUAUUGUCAACGCUCAUAUCAAUCUGGAAACAGGAGACCUUAUUGGCUCACAACGACCUAUAAGGAACCGAGCUUCAAUCAUUCAGCAACUUGAGGUGGAUAUACCCCUAGUCUUAGAACAAGCCCAUGAAAAUCAUACUGGACCAUUUACCUCCUUUGAUGGCCUGAAAAGCGCGUUCUAUGCUGUGGAGAAUUCGGCCUUAGGCCAUUGUGACCCAGACCUUAUCCACAAAAUUAAGACCAAUAUAACAAGAGCAAAUUCUCUUUUUGAAUGGUCUGAUGGAAGUUUAGUCAGUGCCAUGAAAACUGGACAGCAUUUCCUCCUUGACGAGCUGUCUCUCGCAGACGAUUCUGUCCUAGAGCGGCUUAACAGUGUGCUGGAAACUACAAGGACUGUACUCCUUGCUGAGAAAGGGCCCGUUGACUCUCUUGUAACUGCUGCUGAUGGCUUUCAAUUCCUCGGUACUAUGAACCCUGGUGGUGAUUACGGGAAACGAGAGCUUUCUGCUGCGUUGAGGAAUCGGUUGACAGAGAUUUGGGUUCCGGAACUUUUAGAGGAUGACGACAUACUGCCCAUCCUAAAGGCGAAAAUCAAAUCACCUCUGCAUAAUGUGCCUCAAGGGAUGGUAUCGUUCGCAAAGUGGUUCAAGGAAAAAUUUCGAGGUUCAGCGCAAUCUUCAAUAUCAGUACGCGACUUACUAGCGUGGGUGGAAUUUAUCAACUCUUGUACCCAACUAGAUUCCCAUUCCGCUGUUAUACACGGUGCCUGUCUUGUCUAUAUCGAUGGCCUUGGUGCAAACCCAUCUGCAUUAAUAGCAUCUACCUCAGGUGACAUUGAGAGAGACAGAGUCUCAUCCUUAGAAAAGCUUGGGGCGCUAUUUUCGGUUGACGCCCUAUCAAUCUAUGCUCAGAACUCGACUAUGCAACUUGAUGGAAAUAACUUGAAAAUUGGUCAAUUCUCUCUAUCUCUUGGUCCUAAUUCGAACCCAGAUUCCAAGUUUGCACUUGAUGCGCCCACGACGCUGUCCAACACGAUCCGUGUUGCGCGUGGACUUCAAUCCAGCAAACCAAUUCUGUUAGAAGGAAGCCCAGGAGUUGGAAAGACAACACUCGUUUCAGCAUUGGCCCAGGUAAUUGGGGUACCGCUUACACGAAUUAAUCUGUCCGAACAGACUGAUUUAACAGAUCUAUUUGGAUCUGACGUACCCGUAGAUGGAGGCGACAUUGGUAGCUUUGCAUGGAGCGAUGCACCGUUUUUGCGUGCCAUGCAACAUGGCGGUUGGGUUUUAUUGGAUGAAAUGAAUCUAGCCUCACAAUCCGUGCUCGAAGGACUAAACUCUUGUCUCGACCACCGGCAGCAAAUUUAUAUUGCGGAGCUUGGCCAAACGUUUAAACGACAUCCUGACUUUGUCUUGUUUGCAGCACAAAAUCCGCACCAUCAAGGAGGUGGGAGAAAAGGUCUUCCAGCAUCUUUUGUCAACCGAUUUACUGUUGUGUAUGCGGACUCGUUUACAUCGUAUGAUUUGCAAAUCAUUUGCCAUAGGCUAAGCCCAGCCUGCCCAGAAGAUAAAAUCAACAAGCUUGUUGAAUUUAUUACUACACUAAAUACAAAGCUACUCACUGACCGUCAGCUUGGAGCCCUUGGAGCCCCUUGGGAGGUCAACCUCCGAGAUAUCUCUCGUUGGCUAAAACUACUUACUUCCAGCCCUACUGAAAUAUCGCCUUCGCAGUAUCUCGAUGUGAUCAUUUCACACAGGUUCCGGACUACUGCUGACCGGCUAUUCAUCUCUCGAUUAUAUGAGGAUACAUUCGGAACUGUCCCUGAAACAAAAAACUACUUCCAUAAUCUCAGCCCUUACUCGUAUCAAGUUGGCCUGGGAAAGUUAGACCGAAAUCUACAGUUGUAUGAGUUGUCAGUCAAUGAUUCGAAAGACUUUCCCCGAAGCUUGCAUGUCGCCGAGUCAAUGAUGCUCUGUGUGGAGAAUUCCUGGCCCUGUCUUUUAGUUGGGCCAUCCGGCUGUGGGAAGACUUCUAGCAUCCGACGACUUGCUGCUCUGAGCGGUGCUAAACUUGUGGAACUUGCCCUGAAUUCUGAUACAGAUGCCAUGGAUCUUAUUGGGGGUUUCGAGCAAAGAGAUGCUCACCGACAAUACCUUUCAUUUGCAAGCGAACUAGUUCGCCUUUUAAGAUAUCACAUUGUCACUAUCUUCUCCCAGGCGAAAGAUAGCAGCUCUGCCAUUAGUGAAGAGCUAGUACAAUUAUACCAAAUGACGAUGAAUAGCUCUUUUACUCCACAAGAGGUCUUGGGGCCCCUCUCUAAAGCAACUCAACACUACCCUGACAAGAUAUUCCACGCUAUUUAUGAGCAAUGCACGGAAAUUUGCGCGGGACGAGCAGAUGGAGAGGCCGGGUUUGAAUGGACCGAGGGCAUUUUGAUACAUGCUAUGAAACAAGGUAGCUGGGUGGUACUUGAUAAUGCCAAUCUUUGCAAUGCCACUGUUUUGGAUCGGCUGAAUUCUCUUCUGGAGCCUAACGGGUGCCUCAUUGUGAAUGAACGCAAGUCUCCCGAUGGCCUCGCACAGGUGGUUACACCACACCCUGAUUUUCGAUUGUUCUUAACAGUUGAUCCGCGACAUGGCGAACUAUCCCGAGCGAUGCGAAACAGAUCAAUUGAAAUUUUCUUUCUCAAAGAUGAGAUAACCCGCUCACACUUAGCUGGGGCGAGAUAUUUGAAUGAAUCUGCCAUAUACCGUAUUCGGGAGUGCCAGAAUAUGGUUUGUUUCCCUAAUUCACUUAGGAGCAAUCCUAGAUCACUCGGGAUUGGGCUUGAUCAUCUAUCCCCUCGGGACAUGGAAUGUCUUCAGCACUCUAUGAAACGAUUUGCACAACUGUGGUCUAAAGACUCGGCCAUGACACCGGAAAACGCAGAAUCGUUGUUUGAGAGCUACAAUACUCUCCUGUGUCGUGGCGCGCUUGUUGGUCGAUUAGUAGGCCCCGACUCCGGUGGAAUUAUUGCGUGCCAAAACGUCAAUAACCAAGAAAAGAUUGAGCCUAUUCAUCCACUUGUCAAUGAGCCACGGCUUGUGUUUUCUCUAUCAAUAGGGAGUUAUGAGACCAAGCUCUCUCAAGCAGCAAGGUUGCAAGAACUUCAACUACAAACCGUCCAGUUUUACCAGCAACUUUUGCAGACGGAAAUUGCUUCAAUGGGUAAAAAAUCGGGGGAAAUGAGCCUCAUAGAACGAUCGAUUACGUCUGGAACCAUACAGUCGCAUUUGAAAGAUUCCACCCAGCCAGUUUCUAGUUUCCUAUACGGCUGCUGCAAUGCGCUAAGCGAAUGCCUGGAGUCGUUGAUAUUGGAAUCAUGUCCCGGCGAGGCCCCUCAUCUACUCGAAGAAAUUUUGAAUUUUUGCUGGGACAUUUUUCAAUUAACCCAAUGCCAUCUCUUGGAUGAUGCUAUCUUUCUGACAUAUCUUCUUAUUGGAAAAAGCAUCAUUGUUAAGUUUGAUAAUCUGCAGCUCAACCUUGGAAAUCAGUUUAAAGAGCUUCUAGCCUCGUUCAACGCCAACUGGAAAUUGAGCAGUGGGGAGAGCAUGCAACGUAUGUGGAAUGCGUGGCGUCCUGCCACGCCUACCGAUCCCAGCCAAUUGGAACGGGGGACACAGUUCCAGGAGCUCCGAGCUAGAUAUGAUCGGAUAGCUUUGAAAUCGCGGGUCCCAAUCCAUGAGCUGGGCCGGCUUUAUGACCUAUUCAUCCACGCCCAAACUUCCAUUUUACGAGGUGCGGAUAGCACGUCCCUGUUGCCUGAAUUGAAUACAAUAAUAAGUCGUUUUGAGGCACAAUCUUUGAAAUGUGAUGUCUAUGACUCUCCUCACUUUGCUAAAGAGUUUGAAGCAUUAUGCCAAUAUAAUGAUCUGAUAGAGGCUGGGUCCUCACAUCCUGGACUGCUCCCCGGAUCUAUUAAACUACUAGCUGGGAGAGAAUCCUGUCCUGGUGACAUAUCGGCCAUUGCUAGUGCAGUCCCUGGACUACUGUCUAAACUUACGCAAUACUUGGGAAGCCAAAAUUCUAACUACGGCCCAUUGGCAUUACUUGGAGAUAUCUCCAAUUCUCUUGUCCAGAAAUUUGAAGACAUCGACCAGGUCCCUCUUGGCCAGAUGGACCUUCUAGGAUCCGAAAUUAACCUCCUAUUGAAUGGGCUAGCCGCAAACACCUCUCAACUAUGUACCCAUCAGCCUACUAUCCUUGGGUAUCAGAUGGUAGAGUUAUUGAAGGAGUUUAUACGUUGUCAUGCUGACUUGGCAGAUCAAGGCUCUCUAGAUACAGCGAUGCAAAGGUUGCAACAACUGUGCACAGGAGGAUGCGACGGUUUACAAUUUGCUAGUUCGACCGGCCAAAGCUAUCUAGGAGUUCCAGAAAAUGUAUUCUUCGAUUUUCUAGGGGAUAAAAUUCCAGUUUUACUCGGAAAUUUUGGCAAGACGCAAGCUAGUGAAGAGGCUAUCGGUCAACUUGGAGAGCUUUUUGUCAGGCUGUCUCUGGUAUUGCUACACCGUUAUGUCCCAAACCGGCCAUUUGAUCCCUCCCUUCGCCUGGCUGUUGAGCAUAAGCUCCAUUUGCAGAGGCAGGAUGAAAAGGCCACUAGAUUGGAUUGCCUCAAGACAUGUGAGCUUUUGUUUUCUGGUCAAACAUUGACCUUAAGAAUUCGAGGUGCAAAAGAAGAUCUCGCUCGUCUUGGAUCCGUACCCCCGAAUACUCCAGUGACCCGCCCUGGGAUCUCAAAACUGCAUGAGGUGCAAGCCCAAUUCACCAGCAUUCUCACCUCUAUCUUGAAUCAACCCGUUGACCAUAUCCUCUCAGCCUCUCAAAAUUCUAAUACCAGAUCAGUCCCCGAGGAUAUAACUUCCCAAGCGUCAGGGACGCUGCUCCAACUUAACAUCCGCCAGAUUGUCCGUCGUCUUACCCAAAACUGCCCUGGAUACGAGGACAUAACCAUACUACCUGUCAGGUUCCUCCAACUCCUAGAUCAGGGAAUUGAGUUGAUCCGUCAAAGCUCCGCAUGUUCUACCCAAUAUUCGUCCAUAAUCCAAUAUCUUUGCGCGGCAACCCCUUUCUUGGGAUCAAGGUUGCCAGAUCUAUCACUCGCUGUGGGUUCUUUUCCAAAUGGACCCCAAGGCGCAACAACAGAGGUAGACAUUCAGAGGCUUCUGCUACUAGGAGCUGCUCAAAAUAUUGAUAAACAGACUCUCUCAGAUUGUUCUCAAAAGGAAAUGUUACAUGGCAUCCUUGACCGAGCGUAUUCCUCGUGGAAAGAGAAGCUAGAAAAGGACCAAUCCCUGGAAGCAGAGAAGUCCAAGUUUUACCAUUACAGAGGGUCCUUUGAACACGAUGAGGAGUCGGAAUCUGCGGAAAUGCUUCAGAUGUUCCCUACCUAUGAUGAUGACCACGAUGAGGUCGGCAACGAAACCGAAAAUAACAAGCUUCAUGCUGACAGGCUUCGUAUGAAAUUUUUCAUAGCCUUCAGAGACCUCUUCGUGUCUAACAACAGGACUUCCCGCUUAAGGAAUGUAAUCAGCGAGGGUCUUCGCUUGGUCGGGUCAUUAUCCCGUAGGUUAGGGGUAACAAUACCGCAGGUCGAUCUCAAGUUCCACCUUGGGCCCAUUUUCCUACUCAUGGAAGACAUUCAUCGACCAAGCAAACCUGCUAACUACAACUUUUACACUGAUGCCAAUCUAGAAGAAGUAAAUAAGUUUGCUUCUCUUGUUCAGAAAGUGCAAGUUCGCUUUUUGCAGCUACAAGAAUCCUGGCCUGAGCAUGCAACCCUUGCCGAUGUCAUUGAAUGGUGCUCUAAAAUCUUCAAGUAUCGUCAUGGGGAGCCACUUGCUAAAUUUAUAACAAUGGCAGAGAAGCUUCACGGACAUGUGCAUGAAUGGCAAACAGUUGCAAGCAAAGAGUUUUCUGCAGCCGACUGCUAUAAUGACCUGACCUCGACGCUAAUCCACUGGAGACGCCUUGAGCUAUCUACCUGGUCCCGUUUGCUCGACGUGGAAGACGAGAAAUGCCUAGAACAAGCUGCAUCCUGGUGGUACAUGGCAUACGAGGUCAUCAUAGCAGUUCCACUACAAUUAAUACAAGAAAAGCAGCCACUAGACAGCCACAUUUCAGGCCUCCUGUCGACACUGGAGAAGUUCCUACAUGCUACCUCUAUGGGCCAGUUCUCAUCCCGCAUUGACCUCAUCGAUAAGUUCAAGCAACUCCUGGUCCUCUAUUCCCCUGACCUUCCAGCUUUGAGUCAAGUGAUCUCAGCGCUUGAUAACCUUCUCGGUCACUAUGGUCCUUUCACUUCUCUAGUCCAAACCUCCUUAAAAGAUGGACGGCAAAAACUGGAGAAGGAGUUAAAGGAACAAGUUCAACUAGCAAGUUGGAAAGAUACAAACAUCACAGCACUUCGUGAAAGUGCUCGUCGGUCUCACCAUAAACUGUUCAAAAUCAUCCGGAAGUAUCGUGCACUACUGGCGCAGCCCUGCGAGGAGCUUCUUGCAAGAGAAAUCCCAGAACUGACUCUGGACACCCAGAAUAUGGCAGUCUCUCAAACUCAUCCUCCCCAGGCUGUGAAUCCUGUUGCAUUAAGCCUUUAUCAGCAAAACCAAGAGCUGUGGAGCCAGCGACCGGCUCGGUUUCAAGCUCCAGAUGCCACCGCUACACACAUGUACCAGGUUUAUGAAAACGCCUUGCCAGGGUUUGAGGCUACUACUGAACUUGAAGCCAUUAUGGCCGACGUGGUUUCGUCCAUCUCCGACUUCAAAAGGCGAACACCCAAGACCCUGACAGAAGAGAACAAGGAUGAAGUCCAACAUCUCAAGACCCAAAAACGAAGUUUCUAUGCUGCAAAAUUAAAAGAGCUCCGUCAUAUGGGUCUCAGAUCAAAUCUUGGAACAGAUUUACUGGACAAGCAAAGCUCCGUUAGUCUUGUUCUCGCUACUACGUCUAGCUUUAGCGUCCCUCACUUGGCCCCCUUGUCCGUGAGCGCAGACAAAUACUUCCACCGUUUCCUUCAUAUAGUUCCAAGCAUACGUCAAGCGGCACGAAACUACUCUGAAGACUUGAGCAAUGUUGAAGCUGGUCGGAGUGCUGGAUUUACGGAAGGGCUUCUAUACCAGAUAAUGAGGCAAAGGGAGGCAUUAUCCCCCGCAUUAGCUUCAAUCGAGUGUCUAGUUAACAACGUCAAGUUAGCUACCGCUAUUUCAAGCAGUCCAGCAGUGACUACGCUUCUCAGCGAAGCAUCAUCCAACCCACAGCGCACAAUAUAUCACGCUCUUAAAUGGCUGCCAACAAUCAUUGAGCUGUCUUCAACGAUUAUCAACAUUCAUAGCAGGCACUCUUCUGUCGACUCCUCGGCAGUCGUAUCAUCUUUGGGUUCAUGGGGAAAGUCUGCAAUCUUGUUACAGAAUCGUCUUAUCGACCUUCCAACUCUUCCUGAUGGAUUAUCCUCUAAAUCUCAUCAGGACAUAGUCGUGGAUGCCGAAGAUUUGCUGGCCAGUAUGAAAUCUGAAAUACUGACUUUCAUGAAAACUCAACCCGAGAUUGCCUUUGCUCUCAAUCAGCUACUUUUUUGGACAGAAUGUGACUCUCGAGUCGCUCUACAAUCGAAGCCUGACGAUUCCUCCAUUACUUCAGUAAAGGAUGUUGACUCGUCUAUCCUCGUUGCAAUGAAUGCAAUACUUGUGACCGUACAAAGAGUCCAGGGUUCUUUCUCUAAUGCCCCCAUCUCAACCGAGGCUCCCGCCUGGUUAUCCAAAACUGAUGCCUCGUUUUCCAAGGCUCUCUCUGAACUCCACAUUGAUGAUAUUUCCUCUAAACUGGAAUCGGCAUUUGAUGUGAUUGGAAAUAUUUCCGAUCAUCACGAGUUGAGCAUUGCAGUUGCUGGGGUCGGUAUUAGCUUGCCGAUAUUAGAACAAUAUCAGGCCAUCUGCUUGGACCUUGUCAAUCGAUAUGUCGCCUUCCAUCAUUCUCUGUGCAAAUUGGGGUACACUCUGGGUAAAUCGUUCAAGCAGGUCGCCUCAGAAGGGUUUUGCAGCCCUUCUGAACCGUCCGAUCAGCAAGGCCAGCAGAGCGAUAAGGUGGAAAGCGGUACUGGGCUUGGAGAGGGUGAAGGGGCGGAGGACAUAAGCAAAGACGUCCAGGAUGAUGAGGACCUUUCGGAGCUUGCCCAGCAGAAACAAGAAGAUGGUGAAAAAGAGGAUAUAGAAGGGACAGAUGAUGCAGUCAACAUGGAUAAUGAAGAAUUGGAGGGCCAGGAGGGUGAUUAUUCCAAAGACGACGAGGAAGAGGAAAAGGACAAAUCGGAUGCUGAUGAAGGUGACGAUGAUGACUUAGACGAAGAAGUUGGGAGUGUUGACGGCUGGGAUCCUUCAGCGGUAGAUGAAAAGAUGUGGGACGGUGCAAAUGAUAAGGAACAGAAAGACACCGAGAACAACGAGAGCAAAGGGGAGGAAAAAGCAGAGGACAUGUCCGCUGCCACAGAGCAGCGCAAGGAAGAUGAAUCAGCCAAGAAGGAAGCUGAUGAGGAACAUGAAACCGUUGAGAGUGAUGAGGAAGCACCUGAUGACGAGAAGGAGGGCGUAGGUCGCGAAGAUAUGGAUGUGACCGAUCCCCAUGCGCAGGAGAAUGAGGUUCUUGAUUUACCAGAAGAUAUGGACCUGGAUGGCGAGAAAAAGGAGGAUGAAGGCUCCGAGGCGGAUGAUGGUAUGAGUGAGAUGUCUAUGGAAGAUGCUGCUGAUCAAGAUGACCUUCCGGAGGAUACCAAGGAAGACAACCCAGAUGCAAGGCCGGAAAGCCCUGAUGUUGACAUGGCGGAGAACCUAGAAGACGAUCAUGUGGAUGAAAAUGGCCAACAGGAAGAAGGGGCUGGUGAACAAGACCCAGAACCUCAGGCAGAUGCUGGUGAGGAUGAAGAUAAAGAGGAUAUUAUACCAGUCGAAGAUGAGCAACAAAAGGCCGACCCCGACAACACUGCACCCAGUGACCAGGUUUCAGCUGGCGUCGAACAAGAUCAGAGCAAUGAAAAAGGCACAUCCGGAGACGCAGCCCUUGAUCAGCCAGCGAAUAAAAUGGAAGAGGAUGGUGAGGGGGAGAGUAAAGGGGUUGAAGAACAGGGUCAACAGGGGAAGCAGUCUAACCAGGAAGCCGGUGAUGGAGGUAAUGAUGAGAAGCAAGAUCCACAGCUUCAGGCAUUCAAGAAGCUCGGUGAUAUUCUUGAACAAUGGCAUAGGUCUCACCGUGAAAUACUGGAGGCUUCUGAGAAGGAGAACGAACAAACUCAGGAUCAGGACAUUGCAGACAAAGAUGUAGACUUUGAACAUCUAGCUGAUGAACAGGAUACUGCAGAUACCCAAGCCCUCGGCCAGGCAAAUGAGGAGCAGUCUCAAGCAAUGAAUCAGUCUCAGGCAAUAGAAUCUGACUUCAAACCUCAAGACAAUGAGUAUCUACCAGAUGCACAGGAGAUGGAAGACAACAGCAACGUCAACAAUCUUGAGGACCUGAUGGAUGUUGAUGUUCCGGUUGUAUCGACUGACCAGCAACAACCUACUACAUCCAUCUCACGGUCUGGUAAUGGUAUAGAUUCCUCCUAUGCGGAUGAGGGUACCACAGCACAGGAGAAAGACGAGCUCGAUGAUGUUGAUAACCAUCUUUCCAUCAUUAACAUAUCAUCCGAUCUUACCCCCCUGACACCUCCAGAUGAAGCUCGUCGGCUGUGGACUCAUUACGAGUCUAUUACGCAUGAGCUUUCCCUAUCCUUGACGGAACAACUACGCCUUAUUCUUGCGCCAACCAUGGCAACCAAACUCAGGGGCGACUUCAGAACAGGCAAGCGGCUGAACAUAAAACGUAUUAUCCCUUAUAUUGCCUCUCAGUAUAAGCGUGACAAGAUAUGGAUGCGUCGAUCCGUACCUUCGAAGCGCAAUUAUCAAAUCAUGCUCGCAGUAGAUGAUAGCAAAUCCAUGCUUGAAGGUGCGAGCGGCCAGCUUGCAUUCCAGACUCUCGCUUUAGUUGCAAGGAGUUUGAGCAUGCUAGAGACCGGUGAUCUGUGCAUUGUCAGUUUUGGAAACGAGGAACACAUCCGUGUUGCCCAUGACUUUGGAAAGCCGUUCUCCUCCGAAGCCGGGUCACAGGUAUUCCAGCACUUCAGCUAUAAACAAACCGGCACAAACGUACGGCAGCUCAUUGCAGAUUCUAUUGCUCUUUUCCGCGAAGCUAGAGCCAAGAGGCCAUCCUCAUCGUCUUCGGGUGAUUUGUGGCAAUUGGAGUUGAUUAUAUCCGACGGCAUUUGUGAAGACCAUGACAGAAUUGCUCGCCUCGUCCGCCAGGCGCAUGAAGAGCGUAUAAUGCUUGUUUUUAUUAUUGUUGAUGCAGUUCAGGAAGAGAGCCGUUCGAUUAUGAACCUCUCCCAGGCAACUUUUGAAUCCAGCGGAUCCGGGCCUGGCGAGGGAAAGUGGAAGAUGAAGAAGUAUCUGGAUGGCUUUCCGUUCCCUUAUUAUUUGAUUGUAAGAAAUGUUCAGGAGUUACCGGCUGUUUUGUCUUUGGCGUUAAAACAAUGGUUUGCAGAGGUGGUGGAAAUAUCCUCAUAA